AUGGCGCCCACCACCUCUCCCUCGGAGCGCGAUCCUGAGCGCGUCGGACCGCAUCCGUCCUAUAUCGAGAUCGCGAAGCCCUACAUCCUGCAGUCGCGCAUGCAGAAAUGUCUCGCGGAGAUUCACAUGAGCGAUGCCAAGGAAGAUGCCGUCCGCCUGCAAGGCGUUGCCUGGAUAGACCAAGUUCGGCGCGCACUGCAACUGCCUAUCCGUACCUUCAACACAGCCGUCAUCUACUACCACAAGUUCAGACUGCUGCACGCGGACAAUGAAUACAACUGGGCGGACGCGGCAGCUGCUGCACUCUUCACAGCCUGCAAGAUUGAGGAUACGUUAAAGAAGAGUAGAGAGAUUCUUUGCGCCCAUUGGAAUCUCAAGGUCGGGCCUGGUGAGAGCCUAAGUAGCGAUGAUCCGCGCUUCGAAAACCACUCCAAGCUUAUCAUCGGUCUCGAACGACUCAUGCUCGAAAGCGCCGGCUUCGAUUUCCGCAACCGAUACCCCCAAAAGGUCAUGGUAAAGCUUGCUAGAGCUCUGCGAUUCGAUGCGAAAGACGAGGCCAAGACGACUUGGAACCUGAGCAUCGAUUCAUACAGGACGUUUGCACCGCUGAAGCAGUCUACGCCAACCUUGGCUAUUGCAUGCUUAGAGCUUGCAGCACGGUUACACGGCAAGAAUACCGCCAAGUUCGUGGAUGCAGGACCUGUGCGAUACCACAAGUGGGCUACCAGCCGGGCGGAGGUCAUGGAAACGCUCCUUGAUAUGCUCGACCUCUACACCCAUCACCGCAGCGCGACUUCAGUUGGACCAUCCUACACACUCGAACACUUUAUCAACAUCCGCAUUGGGCUUAACCAGGAGGCUUCAGCAGCGCACAUCCCACGUUACUCUCAGUACAAGUCUGAGCGAGCCGCCGAAGCAGAAGGUACAGCCAACGGGGCCAAACCUCGCAAUGGCAUCGAUCCUACAAGUCCACUUACCCCAGCUACUCCCGUCGCACUCUCGCCUGGCGUGGAUCAAGCACCCAAGUCUGCAAUCGGUAUUCGUGGUCAGAACGGCACGGUCAGAUUCAUGUUGGACGCAGCUCGUGCGCACGGUGAGCGCGCCGAGGUUGAGAAGUUCCACAAGGUCGAAGAAGAGGAGUAUGAGGUAGAGGUGCCGAACGACCCUAGGGCAGAUGAGAGGGAGAGAGACAGGGCAAGAGUUGGAAGAGUGCGUUGA